AUGGAGGCUGCCGCGGACGUGCAGCAGGUCUCGGGGCGCGGUGCUGGAGGAAAGGCGUUCGCCCAAGAGGCUGCCCGACUCGAGAACGGUGAGGAAGAAUGCCAGGAGGGCGGUCGAGAGGGAGAGAGGAGGCGCGAGUGCGACGGCUGCGUGAGCACGGGCGAGAGCGAACGCGACGAGACGGAGACUCGCGGAGACGAAGAAGACGAUCCGGGGGACGAGGGGAAGGAGGACAGAUUUCGAGGCCUGAAGAACGUCCGGGUCGCGGGACACGCGGCGCGUGCGGGAAAAGCGAGCGGGCCGCGCGGCGAGGCGAAUGACGCCGCGUCAUUGCGCAGGGACACGGGAGAGGAGGACGACGGGCCAGGCGAUGCGCAGAGGCGACAUGGCAGCGGCGUUGUCGACAGCUCCGCUCGCCGCGAGGGUGCAGUGUUUGCCAUGCCGCGGGCGGUGGUGAGGGGCCCUGAGAGAUCGGUGGAGACGGGAGAAGACAGGUACCGACUCGAGACCACGGGACGGCAGAGCUCUCGGGUCGGGCUUUCGCCUCAUCACUGUCCGUCACCGUCGGGCUCUCUCACGCCGCCAGGCCUCUCCCUCUUCGCUCCGUUGUCGCCGUCGUUUCUCACGUCUUCUUCCUCGGGCGGUGCUUUUCCGCGAGCUGGGCCUUCUUCUUCGCCUUCGGUUUCGCCCCCGCCAGCAUCACAGGCGCUUCUCCAGCCGCCUGUGCAGGAAUCCCUCAUGGCCGCGUCGGCCACCCUUCUCGUGCACAGGGAAAGCCGUGAAGCCUUUUCGCUCUCUCUUCUCUCCUCUUCUGCGCCGCCAACCUCCCGUCUGGAGAGCUUCUCCCGCGUUGCUCCGACCUCGCCUUCUGCUGCUGUCGCUCAGUGCGCGGGAGGCGCCGCCACCGAGAGCGUAGGGGGGCCGAGAAGCGUCUCUCGUUUGUCUCUCAGCUCGUCUGUUUUCUCCAUGCAACCUUCUGUCUACGCGCAUGCACCCGUCGUGUCUCCAACUGGCGCGCGCCGCUGCCAGUCUGCGUCCUCUCUGCAUGCGCCUCCUCCGUUUCGUCGCGCGUCUCGAGAGUCGUCUCCUUCCUCGCGUUUGUCGCGUGGUGAGGCUCGCGCGGUGGGGCCUUCGUCUUCCUCCGCUUCGUCCGCUUGCUCUCCGUCCUCUCCGCUGCCUGUCUCCCCGCGCGCGGUCCCUUCCCCUUUGUCGGGCGACCGCGGCUCGCUCAGUCCGGCAGCGUCGAGUCCGGGGGCGCUGCGUCAGGCCGCCGCCCUGCUGGCGGGUCUGCGGCGCGAGCUCACGUGCUCCAUUUGCCUCGAGCUUCUCCAGCUGCCGGCGACUGUCGACUGUGGUCACACGUUUUGCCGCUACUGCAUUAGCCACACGAAGAUGCAUCGCCGCGCCUGUCCGUUGUGUCGCCAGCCUCUGGGCUUUUCCUCCCUCAGCAUCAACACGGUGCUGGCGAACCUCCUCAACACCCUCGGGCUCCGCAGAGCCCGCCGAAGGCCCCUCGUCGACGCGAAGUCACCGGCGUGCGAAGACGUCCCCCGCAGGGCCGCGGGCGCGGAGGGCGCCGACGGCGCGCGGAGAGAAGAGGAGCCGCGGACACAGGAGGGCGCGAAAGUGGCGGUCGGCGAAGAGCGGCGGCGAACGGAGAGCGGCGACGCCGCGGCGUCUGCAGAUGAACGUGACAGGGCGCGAAGCGGAAGCGUGGCUGGAGAGAGCGUCGCUCUCUCUGGGAGGCUGCGGGUGCCGCGGAGUGGGGAUGAGGCUGCAAACGCGCCAGCGACAGUCUCCGUGGCGCACGCAGACGCGAGCGAGAAGGUCAUCGCCGUGCGGUGGCCUACGGCGGCCUGGUGGUCCGAAAGGUGCAUCAAGCCGAAGGUCGCCAUGUCCCUUGUCCUCCGCCUGCUGCUCAGAGACCUCGGCGAAGAGAGCGUUGUGUUCUUCGAUGACCUUGUCGGAUGCGUCGCGGAGGAGUUCGACCGACGCCGCCUCUGGUCCGCCGAAAAAUGGCUCUUCACGCCGCAAGAUUUGGAGACGUUCUGCCGCCUCGUCGGCUUCGAUCGCGCAGACCGAAGAGCCUCUCAGGAACGCGUGCGGCUGUGGGUGGAGGACUACGUCGCUGCUGUUCCGCGGAUUUGCUUCCGGCGCAUCAUUGCCGACCCUCUCGCAGGCGGCCGCGAAGGCAGAAUCCUCAUGCGCGUUCUGCCAGACCGCCAGCACAAGAUCGACGCGCGGGUCGUCGAUUCUCUCUCGAUUCAGCACUCGCUGCCGUGGGACCUCGGUCGGCAUCAGCACUCCAUGAUUCACAUCCCGCACUCGUCGGUGUCGCUCUCGCACCUUCAACUGAUUCGCCAUCCAACUGCGAAAGAUCAACUAGCUGUCCUGGACCUGGGCUCGACUAUUGGAACGAUGCUCAUGAUUGGAGGCUCGCACGUGCUGGAGGCCGGCGACAUCAUUCACGUCGGCGACCGCGUGGAAAUCUCCGUCGAGAUCGUCCCUGCGCGACUGCUCAGGCGACUCGAGAGGCGCCGCGGGAGGCGAGGCGCCACGGGCGAUCGUGCGGGUUUGACAGGGACGCCUGCUGGCGUGGCCUGUGCCUCGCACGGCGAAGGCCUUGCACCUCCCAGCAGUCAGGGCGACGCAGGCGAAAACGACACCGAAGGCGCGCCGCGAGAGGACGACGCGACCGCGACGUCCGCGCGACAUGGGGAGGCAGGUGGUCGCGACGGCAGCAGCUUCGCACGAGGCCGCGAAGGUGCUGAUGAAUCACCCGGCGAUUCUGCGGGCGCAGCCCCGGGGUCAGCCUCGCCCUCGUCGGCGCGGGAAGGGGAGAGCGCGCAAGCGCGCGGACGCGACGGCGAGGCCGGCUCAUCCCUGCAGACGCGGUUCGACCCUCGCCCCCGCGCCUCUAGCGACGCGAACGGCGUGACGCCCGCGCCGCGAAGGCGCGCGAAGGGAGGCCGUUCGCCGACGGCGACGGCCGAGAAGGCACGCCUCCUGCAGCUGGUGAAGGAUCUGCCGAGCAAUCCGUACCUCUGGACGCGCUGGAGCGCCGCGCGCCAGGCCUGCGUGUUGGCGCCCCGCCCAGGCGCCUCGGGGCCUCCGGGCGCGACAGACGCGAACUCGGAGCCCCAUGCCCCCCUGGCGAGCAGCCGGCAGUCGGAAAGCGAGGCGACGCCGCUGCGGCGGGGGGGACACCAGCCCUUCGCGGUGCGCGACCCUCUGCCGGCGUCGUGUCUCCUCUCCUCCGGAGGCGCCCCGCGCGCGCGCCACACGCACGAGGACCCGCGGUCGGCGCGGGCCGCCUCAGCCGGUUCGCUGGGGCCCGCGAGAGGCCGAGGCCGCCGCUGCCGCUCGCUGCGCGUCGCGCCGUCUCUUGGCGUGGCUUCGCAAGCGCCGUUUUGCUCGUCUUCGGCCGGCUCGCUGUCGCCCUUCCCUGCUUGUUCCACCGCGGCGGUCUCGUCGCGGCCGUUUCCUGAACGCGCGUGUCGCGCCCGUCGCAGGCGCGGCGCCUCGUCGCCGCGAAGCGGCGACGACGAGGGGCACGAGGCCCGGCGCGCGGGAACCUGCGAGGAGGCGCCGGAGGAGGAGGGCGUGGCGCUCGCGUGCGGCUGCAGACGGUUUCAGCGAGACGCGGAGCGCAGAGGGCGCUCGGCGCCGGCGGGUACGUCGAGGGCUGCGGACGCUUUCCCCUGGGGGGGCGAAGGCCGAACAGAGCGUGAACACGCGGAGUGCGCGCGCGCAGGCGCCGACACUGAAGCCUCGGCUCUUCGAGACAGACUGGAGUUGUGGACGCAGCGGCCUGCAGAGUCGCCGGUGCGUCCACCGUCCGCGCCGCCCGUAGACGUGUCCACGUUGGCUGCCGGCUGCUUCGUCGCUCAAGGUGUCGACUCUAAAGAGUCGAAAGAGAGCGGAUGUGAUCAGGAGGAGCGAGGGCGCGCAAGAGCAGCAUUGCCCCGCGCAGGCGAAGUCGAGGGCGCCUGCGAGGAAGCACCGGGGAGGCAUGCGCAGGGCGACGCAGCGCGCGAGAGCACUCGACACGGAACUGGAGAAUACCGGGCCCGCGCGCGGGACGCCGCGCGGGCCUUCGACGCUCACGCGGCGGAAUUCGAGCCCUACGACGGCGAAGAUGAUGGAAGCGAUAACGCACACCUACUGACCGACGGCGAGAGCUCCGAGGACGACGAUUGGGGCGACGCGGCGCAGCCGGAAACAGAGCCCCUGGAAUCGUUUCUCCUGUUGCGCAUCACGGACUGGUCCAACCCCGGCACGCCGACGAAAACGGUGGCGGCCGCGUCUGCGUCGCCCUCUCCCGCGGGCCUGGCUUCCGCAUCUGAGCCCACUGGGGGCUCUGACCCGCGAGUCGCGGCCGCCCCAGCUGCAGGCCCUGAACUCCCCGGAGCGUCUGCGGAGGGCUGCCGCUCGCGGGAGGCGCACGAUGGCGCAGACCGCGACAGAGAAAAGGACGCACAGGGCGAGAGCGCCAGCGAGGGCGCGAGCUUCCUCCAGCGUGGAUACGCCGAGUGGAUCGCGCCAACAGGCGUGGUCCUCGGCCGCGGGCCGCACAACCCCUUGAGGGGAUUUCGCAAGAUCGCGGUCACGGCGACGAACGGCUACAUCAGCCGCCUGCACUGCUUGAUUUUCUACGACGGCUCCCGCCCGCCGCUGCAGCGCUGGAUAUUGAAGGACGUGAGCACGCUGGGUACGUAUAUUCGGUUGAAGCCGUUCAAGCCUUGCGUGUGUCCCCUCUCGCCGAAAACCAUCCUCAAAGUCGGGCAGUGCAAAGUAGAGCUCUCGCUCAGAGGCGCGGCGUCUGCUGCGAUGCCGGCGCCGGCGCCGGCGCAUGCGGCUGUCGUCCACGGGGCCGGAUUUUCUUCCACCCUCAGGGGGAGCGGUCUCUUGCAGAGUGUGCCGGCUUUUCCUACUUCCCUCUCCCCGUCGUCUCUCGCCGCCUCUUUGGCGUCUUCUCCGUUCUCUGCGUCGUCGUUUCCUUCUUCGCUCUCCUCCUCUUUCACUGCCUUCUUCUCAGCCGCCGCCCUGGCUCCGCCCGGCUCCGCCUCCUCCGCCGUGGCAGCGGCCGGCGUCGCGGCAGUUGCCGCUGGCGCCUUGAGCGCGGUUGCGGGACGCACGCACGCGCCGGCGUCUUCUGCCGCGUCGGGCAGCUCUGCGAAUCACCAGGGCUCUCAAGAUCGCGCCUCGGUGGCGGCGCCUCCGUCCAGCAGCUCGACGUCGUUCAGCCCCGCACAGCUCGAUCAUCUCCUGUCCAGAGGGUGCUUCAGUUCUCAACCAGCCUCCGCUGCUCCGGGAGGGGCGAGCGUUGGGCGCCUGACGACGGUCCACGCUGUUUCCUUGCCUCUCAGUUCCUUUCCUUCUCCUGCGUCUCCAUCUGUUGUUUCUGCUUCUCUUGCACACUCCUCUCUUUCUUCCUCGGUCCCCGGUGACGAGGCGAGUCGGAAUCCGCGAGCGUCGUCCCUCGAGGAUCUGCUGGCGGCGGACGCCCGGGCCACCCCGUCUGCGUGGCUGCAGCAAACCAGGCAGAGCGACAGCGAGAUCUGCGCAGGCGGUCCGCCUGCGCAGCCAGCCCCGCCGUCGCCGCCCGCGCCCUCUGUGGGUCCCGCCGUGGCGACCAGCGAGCUCGUUCCGCAGACCGCGUGUGCAGACGGGAGGGAGAGCAGCCAGUUCGCCGACGGCGGUGAAAGGCCGGUGGACGGCAGCAUCUCACGUGUGGCUGAGUCCGCAGCGAACAGUCGCCUGUGGCAUCCGUCCACUGUCGCCGCCUCUGCAGCAACUCCUGCGCUUGUGUCGGCUGUUUCGUCCUCCGCCUCCUGUCCUUUUUCCCCCGUUCUUGACCCGCGUGCGUCGGCUGCGGGGCAGCAGCAGGCGACAGGCGCGUCGUCGCGUCUGGCUGGGUCUCCGGCGCCCGGGAGCGGCGGGGCUGUGGCGUGGACUGGCACCCGCGAUGCUCCCGACGACGUGGCGAGGCCGUUGUUCAGCUCCCAGGCCCCAGGGGUCCCCCAGCCCAAUGCCCGCGACGGAGCUGACUGCGGCUCUUUCUUAUCUCUCGUCGUAUUGCGCGACGCCCCACAGCUUCCCACGGGCCGAGGGCGCGGCGGAGACACCGGGGGCGUCCAGCAUGCCGCCGAAUCCCUCAUGGCGUCUCAAAAUUGGUGUGGAAGCGGCGGGCACGCCUGCAGCACCCAUCAUCACACACCCAGCGCGGGGCCUCCUCCGGAACCUGCAGUUGGACACAGCGCACCACUACACGCGCGGGCCUGCGCGGAUCACGGCUCGAAUGUCGCUACCUCGUUGUCGUCGCCGUCUCCUGCUGCCCUGUCACCUCUCUCUUCGCGUGCCGCCUCGAUUCCCUCUGUCUCCACUGCUGCCUCCCGGUCGCCGGCACUUCAGAUGCUCAGGCGCUUGGCGUUGCCGGUUCAGCCAGCAGGCGGCGCGCGCGAGCAUCGGUCCGCGGCAGAGCGAUCGCUUGGUGCUUCUGGGUCAAGUCCUGCGUAUGCAGGGACCACGCCCCAAAUUGUUUCCGCCGCGGGAGGAGCCCAUCUGCGCGGCUCUCCCGCAGCAGCCUUCGACCCACCUGUCCCCACUUCGUUGCCUGCGCCCUCUGUGGUUCCUCCUCAGCAAGCGCUCGCGUUCCUUUCCAGGGCCUUGUCCAGCCGCGCGCGGCACGGGCCACAGGGAGCGCCCGGGAAAUGCCUCUCGCCACGCCCGUCAGCUGCCUGCAGCCGUUCGCGUGACUUGUCGCCCCGCGCGUGGCCCUCCGCCCCGGCCGCGCCUCCUGUCUCGGUGUGGAGGCCCUUACCGCCUCCCCUCGAGUCUGGGCUUCACGCCGGCGGGGAGCGCCCGGUGCUGGCCCGUCCGGAGUGCCUCACGACCCCGGUGUGGGCGCCCGCCGCGGCCGAAGGCAGGCGGCAGUGGGCAACGGGCGGGGAGGCGUGGGCUGCGGGAGGCCCAGGGGGCGCGUGCUGCCGCGUAGGCGAGAGGGCUUGUGCAUCGGCUGAGCCUAUCCCAACACAUCGAGGCGGGCAAAGAAGCGAAUGCGCGGCGAUGCCUCGGCCGGCCCCGCGGGCGGCCGGGGGUGUCGGGGCCCGCAACGAACCCGGCGAAAUGGGGCGCAGAGCCCAGCCACAUCGGAAUGCCAGUCCCCGAAUUCUCACUCUAGGAAUAUGCCGAAGUGCUUCGGCCGCUUGUGCGACAUCCCUGGGGGGAUGGUCGCCGGGCCGCUCGCGGCCCGCCGGCCCGGCCGUGGGCGGCGCGUCUCGGGCGUCUCCGCUCUUCCGUGGGCCGCGUGUUGCGAGGGCGCGGGCCCAGAGGCGGCGGAGUCACUGGGGGGACAGUAGGAGCGCGCAGCCGCCGCAGGUCUCGUCAGGGGAGUCGCAGUUCUCCGUGGAGAGCGCCGCGCCUGGGCCGCCGCGCUUCCAGGCGCUGAGCGGGUCCCACCCGCGUGACCAGGUCGACCGCUGUCUCCAGGAGCAAGUCCUGCAGCAGUGUCAGCAGCGACCGGUCACGCAUGCGUCGCUGCCCCGCGUGGAGUCUGCGGCCGCUCCGACGUCGUCGGAUUUUGUGCUGGCAGGAGGCGUGGGCGCGCCACCGGCGGGAAACGACGCAGACGGGUUCAGACUGGCGUCCGCCCCCGCUGGAGAACGCGUGCAUUUCAUCGGAAACGGGGUGGAGUAG